UGUUCGAAAAUAAGCUGACGUUUGUCAAACGCACUUCCGCUCCGCAGCUCUUCUAGUACCGCACCGCAGCUCGCUUCAACAUUCUUUUCCGGCUGUCAUUUACACCGAGGAGGAAAACAUGGCUCCCCGAUACGAAAUCUGUGUCGGUCUUAACAAAGGCCACAAGACCACGAAGCUGAGGCAGCUGCAGUACCGCGGCGAUCGCAAGGUCAAGGGAAUCCGCCCGUCCCGUACAAAGGGAAUCCAAACCAAGCACACCAAGUUCGUCCGCGAUUUGGUACGGGAGGUCGUUGGUCAUGCCCCGUACGAGAAGCGCGGUAUGGAAUUGCUGAAGGUGUCCAAGGAUAAGCGCGCCCUGAAGUUCCUGAAGCGUCGCCUCGGAACGCACAUCCGCGCCAAGAGGAAGCGUGAGGAACUGUCCAACAUCCUGGCCCAUAUGCGUAAGGCCGCCCACAAGUAAGCUGCUGCAGCAUUGGCUUGUGCGUGAGAACUUUACACCGUUCGCUCUGUUUGUAAUUUAAGGAUUACUACAUCCCAAAAACCUUCUGUGAAGAAAAAGUACCCUUUAAAAUAUAAACAAAAUCGUUUACUGAAUCAGC